AAUGUCCCGGAUGCCGCUCGCACCGGAAGAGAAGGGGCAGCUCUCCCAGCCAUUUUGUGGCAGCAUCCAGCGAGUGGGUCGCAUCAAGCCUCGUAGAAUCGGAGGUGAAUCCCGUUGAAGGGGCGCCAUCAUGCCCGGACACCUGCAGGAAGGCUUCGGCUGCGUCGUGACCAACAGGUUCGACCAGCUAUUGGACGACGAGUCCGACCCGUUCGAGAUCCUAAAAGCCGCUGAAAACAAGAAGAGGGAGGGGGCCGCCGCAGGCACCACCAAGACGGCGGCGCAAGCCGCCAAGCAGCCGAAGAAGGAGUCGCAGAAGGACCGAAAGAACCCGCUGCUGGACAAGAAGGAGGAAGCUCCUGCUCCGGUUCCGCUGAAGAAAGAAGGUAUCAGACGAGUGGGCAGGAGACCAGACCAGCAGGGUCAGUCUGGAUCCCAACAUCAAGGUGGACAAGGUGAAGGGCGACCUGGAGACAAGAGGCCUGACCGCCGACCUCCUCGUGAACGCCGUUUUGAGAAGCCUGCUGAGGAAAGGCCUGAGGGAAGUGCAGAGUUCCCUGCAGACAACAGGCCUUCUGCAGACAGGCCCCCGAGAGGGCGUGGUGGCGGCCGAGGGGGGCGUGGUGGAAGAGGACGAGGCAUGGGCAGAGGAGACGGCUUUGACUCCCGCGGGAAACGAGACUUUGAUAGACACAGCAGCAACGACAAAUCCAAUCCAAAAAGUGAGGAGAAGCGCAGUGGUGCUGGCUCGCACAACUGGGGCAGCGUGAAGGAUGAAGUGAAUGAAGCUGAACAGACUGCUGCUCCUGAGACGACCACAGAGGGGGAGGAAAAUACACCUGCCAGCUCCGAGAACAAAGAGAACGAGGUUGAAGAGGUGAAAAACGAAGGCCCCAAAGAGAUGACCCUCGACGAGUGGAAGGCCAUGCAGGAUAAGGAGCGCACCAAGGUGGAGUUCAACAUCCGCAAGCCCAACGAGGGAGCCGACAGCCAGUGGAAGAAAGGAUAUGUGCUGCACAAGUCCAAGAGUGAAGACAGGCCUGUUGGUGCUUUGAUCGAAGGCUCAGAGACGGAACCAGACACUCCUGCUGUUUACCACAAGCAGGGCACCGCUGACGAGUCCAGUGACCACCAUUUCCGCAAACCAGCCAACGACAUCACUUCUCAACUGGAGAUCAACUUCGGAGACCUGGGCCGUCCUGGUCGCGGGCGUGGGGGUGCUCGCGGAGGCAGAGGAGGCCGCGGAGGGGGAGGCAGCCGGCCGGCACGUGGGGGAGGGCGGUCUGAAAAGGCGAGCGGAGCGUCAGUCCCUAACGUGGAUGAUCCCGAGGCCUUCCCAGCCUUGGCCUAAAAGCUCCGUCUCUCACCACCAGCCCAACCCAUCUGCCCUUCCGGGCCCCUCCUCUACGAGGCUUGCAUGCUUACCACAUCUUCAAGUAUAUAAGAAAAACAAAGAUUAAAAAAAAAACAUGGCAGACUGUCAUCCCAUACCACUCACAACACCAGAGGACUAAAGUUUUAUCAGUUUUAAAGAGCAAAAACAAAAACAAAAAAAA